AUGGAUUCCAUCUCGUCAGCUCCUUUUCCGCCCGACCUCAAUCCGCGACCGAAGAAGAAGAGAAGACCGGCGCUCAGUUGUGUCACGUGCCGCGACCGGAAGCUAAAGUGCGACAAGGAGCGCCCACGUUGUGGCCGCUGUGUGCAGACCGGGCCGGACCAGCCGUGCAUCUAUCUUGAGAAUCGCCCCCGAGCCUCAUCGCAAGCGUACCAGCAGCACUUGGCCCAGGCAGAGCCACAGGCCUCUGUUUAUAGCCAUUCCGCUCCCGCUCGGCCUAUUCGGCAAUUCGACGAAGCUCCGCGAUCCACCCGAAGCCCCCUCGACGCCACGCAGAAUGCCACUCCCCACGCGGAGACUCCCCCAGAUCUGGAGUCGCGCCUGGCCAGACUUGAGAAGAUCCUCGUCCAGGCCGUGAGCCAGAGCAACUUCUCUGUGCCUGACGACGAGUCGGCCACUGCCUCUCCUGCUCAAGAUGAUACGCCACCCAUGAUCCCGCAGCUGCCGCCUGCCCUGCGUGCUGAGGACGACGCUCUAGUCUAUCCUGGAAGCUAUCGUGGCUAUGGCCUGACUCACCCUGCCAUGCUCGUGUGCAAGUUCACUGAGAUGCCUGCUUUCAUGGCACGCAUCAAGUCGGACCACAUUGAAAGGAUUCCCAAGCUAAAGCAGCGCAUUGAAGCUUGGCGAGCCUCCAACAUGGACUCGCGUGAUCUCUGGAAUGACGCUUGUGGCUUCACUUCCGUCAUUGCCAGCCUUCCUCCAAAAGAGACGCUGGACCACCUCGUUUUUGCCUACUUUGACUCGUUCGAGCUCGAGUAUCCUAUCCUGGACGAGAAAAGGUUCAUCACCUCCUACGAGGCCGCUUGGGAUGGCCCGCGUUUCUCGCCCACACCUCUUCUGCUCAUGACUCUCCUUCUCAUCAUUGCCACAACUCUGAACAUAUACACGAGCCAGCUUGUAGAGCCGUCCCCCAUCCUUGAGAAUGCGAAGACUAGCAUCCGACGCUAUAUUCACCUGAGCGAGCGCUGGCUGCUCUCGAGAGGAACUCAACUGCCUGAUCUCGAUUCCGUAAGGUUAGGCUGCCUGUUGGUUCUCGCCAAGAGGUACAACGGCUUCGCCCGAGAUCAGAUAUGGACCACCGCCGGCACCCUGGUCAGGAUCUCCAUGCUGGCUGGCCUCCAUGCUCAGGCGUGGCGCCCGGGACCCGACCAAGAGUCGUGCAGAAGCCUGUGGACUACUGUCCUCGAGUUGGAUCUCCUGACUGCUGUCGAUAGCGGAAUGGUGCCCGCUAUUCCUGUGUCCGAAUAUUCUCGCCUGGCAGAUGCUACACGUCAUCUAUACGCACAGAACGGUGGCCAUAGGUCCAGCGUACCCCGUUACUUGGAGAUGGCGCGGUCACUUGGCCUGAGGGUCGAGAUCUGUUGUAUGCUCAACUCCAACGUCCCCGAGGCCACGGGACAAAGAACUGCCGACCAAGAAGGAAAAUUGAAACAGCAUAUCAUGGCAAUCUCCGACUUCUCACAGAACCCUGUCGGCAGUCCAACAUCUUCAGAUCGACACGCCCAUUGGAUAGACAUCUCCCGAGCGAAGCUGCGAAAGUAUCUCCUCAUGAUCUACUUGCCAUUCGCACUGCAGGGCCCGUUGCAACAACGAUUCCCCCAUUACAAAAAGGCAUGCGCCGAAGUUGCAAUAGAUAUAUUGAGUGAACACCAGGGUCUGUUGGAGCAGGGCAAUUUGUCUGUUUGCCUCAAAGUCGAUGAUGUCUUCCAAGCUGCGCUGGCUGUGUGCAAUGAAAUCUAUCAGCCCAUACAGCCAGGUAUUCCCGGUUUGAGCCAGCUUACCGGCUACGUCGCCCUCAUCAAACCUUUACUCAAGUCUUCACUUAAAGUUCUAACCCAAAGGCUAUUGUACGUCGGCCAAUGGCACGGUGAAUAUCUCCUACUUUGUUUGGCCAUUGGUCUUGUCAAGUCCAAGACUUGGCCGCACAAGACUUCUGAAUAUAUGAAAGAGGUCGUUAACCUCGUGGAUGAGUCAUGCACAUUCAUCACAACCCCCAAGACCCCCUCUGUAAAUUCUCCAGCGCAAAGCCAGACCCAUGCAAGACGUUCGUCCAUGGCUACGCCCGCCCACUCCACGCCACACGCGUACCAUCCUGACACAACACAACUCGAAGCUACUUCCGACAAAGACUUAUUCACGGGUCUCGACACGGUUUCCGACAGCUUCCAAGACAUCAUCGAAUUUCUUGGACUGGCAAACCCUCUGGAUCCAAUUGACGCUUACGCUAAUGUCGGGUUGUACUAG